AUGAAGUUCACCGUUGCUGCUGUCCUUGGCUUUGCCAUCACCGCUCUUGCCAGCCAGGGAGCCGACGAGCCCAAGGUCACCCAGGUCUCCUACCAUGAAGCUAAGGGACAGUGCACUACUGGCGAUAUCUAUUGCUGCAACAACAAGCACGAUGAGAAGACCGGCGGCCUUCUCAACUUGCUCAAUGAGGGCCUCAUCAAGAAUCUGGACGGCCAGAGUGACUCCAGCUGUGCCAGCACGAGCCUUAUCAAGGAGCUCAACUUGCUUGCCUUUGCCACCCAUGGCAAGGACGACAAGGACAGCUUCUGCAAGAACACCAUUGCCUGCUGCCCUGCUGGUGGAAAGUGUGAGGCCAUUAGCAACUAA